AUGGCUGCUCCUUCGAACCUUCCCCCCAUUUUCAACCCUACCUCUCAGGACAUUGAGAUGCUCCUGGCUGCCCAGUCCCAUCUCGGCAGCAAGAACCUGCAGGUGCACAUGGAGCCAUACCUCUGGAAGACUCGCCCUGACGGUAUCAAUGUCAUCAACCUCUCCAAGACCUGGGAGAAGAUUGUCUUCGCCGCGCGCAUCAUCGCCGCCAUCGACAACCCCGCCGACAUCUGUGUCAUUUCUGCCCGCCCCUACGGCCAGCGUGCUGUCCUCAAGUUCGCCGCACACACCGGCGCCGUCGCCAUCGCCGGCCGCUUCACCCCCGGUAACUUCACCAACUACAUCACCCGCUCGUUCAAGGAGCCCCGCCUGAUCAUCGUGACCGACCCCCGCACCGACGCGCAGGCCAUCAAGGAGGCGUCCUACGUCAACAUCCCCGUCAUCGCCCUCUGCGACACCGACUCGCCCACCGAGUUCGUCGACGUCGCCAUCCCCACCAACAACAAGGGUCGCCACGCCAUCGGCCUCGUCUGGUGGAUGCUGGCCCGCGAGGUCCUGCGCCUGCGCGGCACCCUAGCCAACCGCGAGGUUGACUGGGACGUCGUCGUUGAUCUGUACUUCUACCGCGAUCCUGAGGCUGAGGAGCAGAAGGAGGAGGAGCAGAAGCCUGGCGCUGACGAGGCCGGUCCUGCUGCCGUCGACCGUGGCUUCACCGGCCAGGCCGACUGGACCGCUGAGAGCGGCGCCGCCCCCGGCAUCGAGGGUGCGCCUGCGCCGGACGCCAACUGGAACGAUCCCGGCACUGGCGGCGGUGACUGGGCCGAGGGCAGCGCCCAGCCCACUUCCGGCUGGUAA